UUUCUCUCUAUAAAAUCCCUCUCAUCUCCUCAAUUUUCGCCAUUCAUUCACAAGUUCACAACUCCUCUUCUUCCCCACUCCCCAAUUCUCUCUCCAAUCGAAACUGCUAGGAAGCAAAAAUGGGUGCUUGUCUUUCUUCAAAAUCACUUGAUUACCAGAUCCCUUCUGCAAACGUUGUUCUAAUGAAUGGAGAAUUACGCCAAUUUUCAAUUCCAACCACAGUUGUUCAGGUUUUGGAAUUUGUAAAUUCAGCAUUAGGUUCAUUCAUUUGCAACUCGGAUUGCUUGUAUUUCAACGAUUACAUACCUGCUUUGGCGCCAGAAGAUGCGCUCGAGGAAUCUCAGAUCUAUUUCGUGCUACCGAAAACGAAGCUUCAAUAUCGUUUGACUGCGUCCGACAUGGCUGCUCUAGCCGUGAAAGCCAGCGUCGCUCUUGACAAAAUGAACGCCGCUGCCUCAACGCAACGGCGGAAGAGAAAGUCCCGGAUUUCACCAGUUAUGGUUGUAGAUCAAAAUAUCCAACCCUAUCAGAAGAAGAGUUCUGUUAACAAUAACAAUGCAACGAAACCCUCAACGUCAGCGCAAUUAGGGGUUUCUAGAUCCAGGUCUGUGAGGAAAUUGCAUAAAUACUCUUCUCGGCGGGCUAAAAUGGCGGCCCGACCCUUCAGGAUUGGGCUAAGCACUAUUUAUGAAGGAUCUGUGGCAUAUGCUCCAGUUAACUGAUUCUUCAAUUUAAUUUUUCAUAUCUUAGCUUGUGAAAAAGCCAAAAAAAUGUACUAAAAAAAAGGGUAAACGAUGGGUGCACACAUUUUUGUUUUAUUUGGGAUUCUUCUGAAGAAAGAUUCUGUCUGUAAAUAUUCGUGUGACAUUUUGAUAUGGAGAUUACAUUCAAUUUCCGUGAA